GAUGAUGAUGAUUGUGAUGAUGAUGAUGUCUCUGUGAUGCAGCUUUCAGCAGAGCAGCCAGAGAGCGGGGAUCGCUGACAAUGAGAUGGGGAACUGCUGGGCUUUCUGCGUGGGCCUCUUCAGGAAGGAAGCAAACAGGAUCCAGAGAGGAGGCGGGUCAAAAUACUUCAGAAGUACUGCUACUGGAGAGCAUUAUACAAUAGAGUUUGAAAAUCUGGUAGAGAGCGAUGAGGCUGAGAGCCCACAGCCGUGCCCCAGGCCCAUCAAUGAAGAUGAACUGAGUCACCUCAAAGAGCAACGCUACGCCGCUAUCUCAGACAAACAAGUCCUGAUCGACCAAAAGCUGCAAGCAGAGUUAGAGGAACAAGAGGAGAAGUUAAGGCUAGAAGAGGAGGCUAGAAAUGCUGCCCAGCGCGAGGCCGCCAGGCUGGCUCGUGAACGAAAAAUGAAGGAGCUGUCCGCCCAGAGGACACGAGGGAAAGCUGACGGCUCCAGCGCUGAAACACAGCAGAGAAAGCAAAACUCUGGGGAGGAUUUCGACGUCUACCUCCAGAAUGUUAAAGCUCAGUCGGAUGCCUUCAGGAGCAACAGACUUCCCUCUGAAACAAACGCAUUGACUCCCAACACCGAGUACAGCUGGGAUUUCACCACUAAGACCCGCUCCACCAACGAUGAUGGGACCUCACUCGAUUUGGAGUGGGAGGAUGAGGAAGGGAUCAACCGGGCACUGCCGGCCUGGGAGCGUUCUCGCACUGAGGAGGACAUCUUGCGGGCGGCUCUGAGACCGGGCAGCAAACAGGUGAACAGUGGGCCGACCUCGGCCUCUGAGGACUCCAACGCUCUGGAGUGGGAGAACGACUUUGUGAGUACUCACCCAGAGGACAGCGCAGACGCUGAGUUCGAAGGGUUUGUCAAUCCUGUCUUAGACACUCCCUCAGAAGACGCCUCGGACUCUGGCCUCAGAGCAGACAACCAGGACAGAUAGUGUCCAGCACCAAAGGGGACGUUUGUCUUCGCCUCACCAGCUUUUUGCCUCAUCAAUCAGAAAUGUACGUCUUCAUAAUCUGUAAUGAAUCUGUGAUGCUGGAGAAAUGAGGAAUGGAUCCACUGUCAGUUUAAAGAAGAUUUGAUCAAAUACAUGUUUUCAGUGCCUUCAUCUGCUAAAGUGUCUGACAUUCAGCUUUGGAACUGGACUUUGUUUACCGUUUGAAUCAUUAUUUGGUUACGAUUCUUUUUUUGAUGAUCCGUGCUUGGCUGAGGGGACUAAAAUCAGAUUGUAUUAUAAACAUAACUGUAAAAACUAACCAAGCUUAGAUGGAAAAAAUGCCUUUUUUCACAGCGUUGGUUUAGCAAAUAGAUAUUUACGUGGAGGAAAUAUUAAAAAGCAGAAAAAGAAGCGACUGACUCGAGGAUCUUUUUGCUAGUUUUUAAGUUUUGAUCUCUGAGUUUUGAGAGUAACAGAUAUUGUAGGAAUACAAUUGAAAUCAGAUUACCACUCUUUAUGAAAAGUCUUAAGACUUUUCUAAUUUGCCCAAAUGUUUUUAAUUAAAUUACCAGUUUACAUUUUAAAUUUUGGUUCAUAGGAUUUCUGGUGUCCUCCUUUCAUCGUUUCAUUCCUGAUGACAGAAUCUUUAUUCGUUUGUACGCGGCCUUCCCUCCCUGCUUCCUGCUCAACUUCUCAUUUCUCAAAGCGAUUUGCUUCGUCGCCUUUCGGCCAUUUUGUAAUGGUCUUGAUGUAGCAAAGGGUUAUUUUAUAUCUGGAAUAACUGGUUGUAUCUACGCUUUCCCUUUCUGGCAGAUGACCAAAGAUUAUCUUUUAUUAUUCCCACAAUGCAUGACACUGCCACCCCCGUGCAUCACAGUUGAUUUCCAGCCUCCAUCAAAAUAUAACAACAGCCACUGAGGCCAAAUACUUCUACUGAAUUAAUUCACUCAAACCAGAGGGUGUUUCUGUUUUCGGUGUAUCUUUUGGGGGGGAGGGCUCCUUGAUUUCUGAGAAACUUUUCUGGCAAUCAGACUAUCCAACCAGCUUUGGCCCGUAUCAUCAUUGUUUUCAGCUUGGAGUCGAGGCAUGCACUUUGGUACGAAAAGAAAUGUUAGCCUUUAAGGCACAGAAUCCACUCUCUUCCCAAGAUGUUCAGAAAUGUGUGUCAUUGUCUGAACAGAUGAACGUAGCACUAUCAGGAAUCUAGAGAUUGUACCUUAGAAUGACUCUGUUAAGAUUAGCCAUCGUCUUCCUGCUAAGUUUUUUUUUUAAACCGUCACACAAGCAACAUGAUGCAGAAAGUGUGCUUGUAUAAAAAGAACUUCAAAGUUAGAGCUUUAAUUUAGCAAAUCCAUCACCAGGAAACAUUUGCAGCCAAGACAUCAUUGGGCAUUUUUUCUCUUUGUCUAAAAGCAGUGUAGUAUUGCAGUUCAGAAACUACUGAAUUUGAAGAGAAGAGAUAAUUAUAAAUUCUGUAAUUCCAGCUUUUCCCAAAUAGAUAAAUGGUUGUCCCUUUAAACAGUGUACGUGAUUGAUGGCUUUUAUUUAUUAAUUUUUUUUUCCUUUUUCAUUUCCAGACAUCUAAAUGUCACUUUCUUGUCCAGUUUCUGGGAUGCUUUGCUCACUUGUUAAAGCAACACUGUGUAACUUUAUACCCAAAUAUUAGCCUUAAUUUGAUAGAUGAAUUAUCAGGUAAUCUUGCAGGUCUUGGUGUGUAUCGAUGCUCCAUCCAGGCUGCUCUCCUCAUAAACGUUCCUAUGUAACUUUAAAGGGUCAGAUCUGUCCCUGAAUGAGUCAUGUGACCCAGAGCGCUGCUUUACAGCAGUCUGAGAUCCCCUUAAACACCAGAGCUAACUAAGCUAACAGUUGUUAGCCAGAUGUGACCCUGACCUGAUCAGACACAUUUGCCUCUUUAGUUUUGGUAACUUAUCUAGACAGGUUAGUUCAGUUCACUCUGGAUUGAUUCAUUUUUCUCCUUUA